UUCACGAGUUGGGCCUGACAACGUGUGAAACCCUCGAUCAUCUCCUACAGAUCACUUCACCAUGGCGGUCGCUCUAUGUAUUUUCACUGUCUCCGUGCUUGUUUUGGCUCUGCCGUGCGUUUUUGGAGGUCGUUAUUGUAACUUUGAUAUGCUGUUGCCACGAGAUUUCGACGUCGGUCAGUUCUUUGGAUACUGGUACGAGAUUGAACGGACAGAAACAACGUUAGGCUAUUACACCUUCGUAUCGCAGACGUGGGGCUUCACCGAAUCUUACCAAAACAUGCAUAAUAUGAAGCUGCACUAUGCUGGUCGGCCCCCAGGGUAUUACUGCAUGAGAGGGACCCAUGAGUUACUACCCUAUAUUGGGGCGCCAGGCAGGUUCCUGAUGGAGGACACAAGUAAUGUAUUCCAGGUGGUGGAUACGGACUACAAUACUUACGCCCUAGUCUAUAUCUGUUACGGACAGCGACUGAAGCAGGGAUACUGCCACAUGAGUAACAUGCACGUGUCGCUGCUAAGUAGACACCCGUCCUCUGACUUCGCGGAGCGGGACAUCAUCCAACAUAUCAGUAACCGAUGUAUUACCAGGAAAGACCUUGUCCGGGCCCCAGAGGUCGGUAUGUACUGCAGCACUGGUAUAUUAACCUGAAGUAAUUUCACACCUACGUAACGGACACGCGAGCUGUCAGGUAUGAAGUAUUCAUUAUACACAGGAAGAGCAUCAGCAUCACAUGUCAGACUACCAUCGAAGUGAGGGAGAGCAGACACAUGUAUAUCAUCUGUAUAGCCAUGACCAUCUCAAUAAAACCCUAGUA